UUUUUCAAAACGCAGGGGGACGCGCUACUCCUUCAGAUCCUCUGAAAUCAACUUCCGACAACGUGCAGGACACGACUGUCUCCAUUGGCAACGAGGAGAACACACUUUUGAGUUGAUGGCAACUUUGAGAAGAACAUGAUGGGAGAUGCGGACUUCAGCAAAUACGAUUUAGCACGUUUACAGGACGAGUUGGCGCAGGAGAGAGAGAUGAAAGAGAUGCUGCAGGAGUCUGUGUGUGAUCUGGGGAGCACCAUGACAGAGUUGGAGGAGAGACUAAACAGUGUGAACCUUGAGGGUAACGAGUGGAAGACCCGGUACGACACGCAGGUGGAGCUGAACGGUCGGCUGGAACGUCAGAUCACACUUGUUCACGAAAAAAUGGAGGACCUGCGGAGAAACCCCAUGGAUCGAUUAGCCUCGAUACGAUCCUAUUAUGAGGUCCCAGUGGAUGCACUGAGGCAGAGGCUGAAGGUCCUGACCAAUGAGAAGGCAGCGCUGCAGGGUCAGCUGUUAGACUGCAGACUGAGGAUCGAACAGGAGGGGAAGGCCUUUUAUAAAGCCAACGCAGUGAGGCGUGUGUAUCUAUCAGAAAUAGCUAAGUUGUCAUCAACCCUGGAUGUCACCAGGCGUCAAUACCAGGUCCAGCCACAGAGGGAGAGGGCGCCAGAGAGCCAGCAGUACCCUGUCCAGCCACACAGGGCACCAGAGAGCCAUAUGAAGAAGGGGAAGCAGACCAGUAAGCAGUCAGGAAGAGAGGGAGGAAGAGGAGGAGGAAGAGAGGGAGGAAGAGGAAGAGAGGGAGGAAGUGGUGGAGGA